AUGUCCUAUUCUUCUCCAACAACAGGAUACUCACCAACAAAUUACACCUCUCCGGGAACGGUUCAAACACCUGGAAAUUAUGGUUAUUCCCAAUACUCUCCCGGGGGUGCCCUGUCUCCAUCUCCACCCAUGACCACUUCUCCUUCGGGACUGAGUCCUGGAGGUGCUGCUAUGAGUCCUGUAGCAACACCAAAUCCAUUCCAAGAAACCGAUUAUCAAGCAAGAACAGCCUCAUCAUCGGCCGCUGUAACCACCACACAACCAACUGUACCUAGUGGAAGACGUGAGAAAAUUGUUGCCGUCACUUAUGUGUGCGGACACUGUGCUAAAUUGAAUACAAUCAAACAAGAUGAUGUGAUUCGUUGUAGAGAAUGUGGUUAUCGUAUUUUGUAUAAGCAAAGAACAACAAGAAAAAUCCAAUUUGAAGCUCGUUAA